AUGUCACUAGCACCUUCAUCGUCAGCGCCCACAUCGUCCGCCAACGCCACGGAAGCCUCGCUCAAUGCCCGUCUCGACGCGGACAUUGACGUGCUUCUGAAAAGUCUGACGCAAAUAAUCGCUUCCGGCACUUUACGGCAACCAGUCCCGGUGGGCGACGCAGGAGGGGAAAUGGAGGCCAAGGACCGGUACCGGAUAGCGCAGGAGCGUCAGGCGAUGGAAGGCGCAGCGGCUAACAUCGUAACCGCAACCCAAUCCCUCCUGACGCUAACAACAGAACUGAAGCAAGCGCUGCAGCUGGCAGAUCUGCACAUGCUCAACAGCACGAUGCGCGCGCGGCUGGCGGUAGUGCGCGAGACGAGAAGGGUGAACAAGGCUGAGCUUGGACGAUUUGCGGAGGAGCUUGGGGGGCUUGUUGGGGAGAUAGAGCAUGCGUUGGCGGGGGUCUGA